AAUUUUAUCUGAUAAUGGCUUGUAAAUCAUUCUUCUCCACCUUCAAAGCUCUUCUCCACUUCUUCUCUCUAAUUCUCCAUAGAAGACUGAGGAACCCACCAAGUUCUCUUCACAGAAAGGUGAGCUCUUUGAAAUUCCAGAGAUUCCCUUCUCUUGCUCGUAACAGGUCAGAUGAGCUUUCAAACCAAACCAUAAUCUUUGAUGUAGAGGGAGCAUUACUGAGAUCUUCAUCUUUGUUUCCUUACUUCAUGCUUGUGGCUUUUGAAGCUGGAGGACUCUUGAGGGCACUUGUUCUUCUCCUCUUUUAUCCCUUUAUGUAUUUCAUGGUUAGUGAAGAGAUGGGUCUUAACCUUAUGGUCAUGGUUUGCUUUUUGGGGAUUAAAAGAGAAAGCUUUAGAGUUGGGAGAACUGUGUUGCCUAAGUUUUUCUUGGAAGAUGUAGGGCUUGAAGGUUUUGAAGUGCUUAUGAGAUUUGGGAGAAAAGUUGGUAUUAGUUGUUUGCCUACAGUGAUGGUUGAGGGGUUCUUGAGAGAUUAUUUAGGGGUUGACUGUAUUGUGGGGAGAGAAUUGAAGGUAUUUCAUGGAUAUUGUUUGGGUUUAAUGGAGGAAAAAAAUAUGAUUAAUGGUGGAGUUUUGGAGGUUUUGGAAAACCAAACUGAAAUGGGUUGUGAUGUUGUGGUCUUUGGGAGCUUCAACAACAAAUGUUAUGAUCAUCAUAAGCUGUUUUCUUAUUGCAAGAAGGAAAAUGUCUACUUGGUGAGUGAAACAGAGAAGAGGAACUGGCAUGAGCUACCAAAGGUUCAAUACCCUAAACCACUAAUCUUCCAUGAUGGUAGAUUGGCUUUCAAGCCCACCCCACUUGCAACACUAGCCAUGUUUAUUUGGGUCCCGUUUGGCUUCUUCCUUGCUAUCUUCAGAUCCCUCGUUGCCAUACUGUUGCCCUACAAGAUUAUGAUCCCAAUAUUAACCUUCAGUGGGAUGAGGCUCCAAUUAUCCUCUUCCACUCCCAUUACUUCAACUGUCACAUCCAAACAAGACCCAAAGGUAAAGGGCCUUCUCUACGUGUGCAACCACAGAACACUCCUGGACCCACUUUACCUUUCAGUUGCCAUGAGGAAGCCUCUCACUGCAGUCACAUAUAGCCUGAGUAGGGUAUCCGAGGUAUUAUCACCAAUCAGAACCGUUCGAUUAACUAGAGAUAGAGAUCAAGAUGCGAAGAUGAUGGAGAAGAUGUUAUUGGAAGGAGAUCUUGUGGUGUGCCCUGAGGGGACCACUUGUAGGGAACCCUAUCUUCUGAGGUUUAGUCCUUUAUUUGCAGAGAUGAGUGAUGAGAUAGUUCCAGUGGCCAUGGAUGUGCAGGUCACCAUGUUCUAUGGUACAACAGCAAGUGGGUUUAAAUGCUUGGACCCACUCUUCUUCCUGAUGAACCCAUGUCCCACUUACCAAGUCCAGUUUCUUGAAAAGGUAUCUGGAUCGUCCACGUGUCAUGAUGGAGCUGAAUCAAUUAGCAGGUUUGAUGUAGCCAAUCAUGUACAGAAGGAACUGGGUCGAGUGUUGGGGUUUGAGUGCACGAAGCUUACAAGGAAGGACAAGUAUAUGAUAUUAGCUGGUAACGAAGGGAAUGUUACUUCAUCACCAAAACAUAAAAUCAUUUGAUAAGAUAA